GGCGCGGCCAGAUAAGAGUGUGAGGGAGCCAGCGAGCAUCCCAGUACCACGCCGGCUACAGUCUGGUGCUCUACCCUCUCCACUCCCCACAACCACUCAUUACCCACACUUAAAUACACACACUUUAUGGUCCAAACUUCGUAAAUAGAGAUAAAUCUUUUAUCAAAGUGACGCUAUAAUAAAAAGCACAAAACAGGGUGCAAGAAGUGACAAUCAGGAUACAGAGUUGUUUGGUACCCACUACUCCAGGGUAGAGUUGUUUGGUACCCAGUACACCAGGACACAGAAUUGUUUGGUACCCACCAAACCCAGGCACAGAGGUGUAUAGUACCAGCCACACCAGGGAAAAUAAUACUAUUUUGUAUUUCCAUCAGUAACACAAGACAACAUGGCCACUUCUGAGGUAAAAGCAAUCUGCGAAGAGUUAAUUCUAAGCCAAGAGACCCUUAAAGAGGUUUGUGACUGUCUCCAAGAGGAGAUCAACAAAGGCUUGGGCAAGGACUCCAAUCCUGAAGCCACCAUCAAAUGCUUCCCAACAUACGUCAGAGAUCUUCCCAAUGGCAAAGAAAAAGGAAGAUUCUUGGCCUUAGAUCUGGGAGGAACCAACUUCAGAGUUCUCCUGAUUGAAUUGGGUGACAAAUGUACCAUGGACAGUAGAAUUUAUGCUGUUCCUCAACCCAUCAUGGUCGGACCUGGUGAUGGGCUCUUCGACCACAUAGCAGAAUGUCUUGCAAGUUUCAUUAAGGAGCGAGAUCUUGGGAAAGAGUUGCUUCCUCUGGGCUUCACAUUCAGCUUCCCUUGCAAACAGGAGGGGUUAACCAAGGCUCGGUUAGUACACUGGACUAAAGGCUUUAGAUGCGAGGGGGUCGAGGGUCGAGACGUUGUGGAGUUGCUCAAACAAGCUAUUGCGAGACGAGGGGAUGUCAGCAUCAAGAUUUGUGCUGUUCUAAAUGACACCACUGGCACACUCAUGUCUUGUGCCUGGAAGAGCAGCAACUGUCGAAUUGGUGUUAUUGUUGGCACUGGAACAAAUGCUUGCUACAUGGAGAAGCUGGAGAAAGUGGAGUUGUGGGACGGUGAAGUCAAUCAUCCGCCACAGGAUGAUGGAACCCCCAAUGAAGUUACGGGGGUGAUAAUCAACACUGAAUGGGGAGCAUUUGGAGAUAACGGCUGCUUGGACUUCAUUCGUACAGAAUAUGAUGACAAUGUUGAUAGGGAAUCAGUAAACCCAGGAAAGCAGCUAUUUGAGAAAAUGAUCAGUGGAAUGUACAUGGGUGAAAUUGCCCGACAAGUUCUUGUUAGGCUAGUUUCUGAAGGUCUGCUUUUUGGAGGCUACACUUCAGAAAUUCUUCAAGAAAAAGGAUCCUUCUUCACUAAAUAUAUCUCUGAAAUUGAAAGUGAUAAAGUUGGCGAUUUCAACAAUUGUCGUGCAAUCCUAGAAGAACUUGGAUUCAAUGAUGCCACUGAUGCUGACUGUGCAAAUGUUCGUUAUGUUUGCAAGUGUGUCUCAAAGCGGGCUGCUUUUUUGACGGCAGCGGGUGUUUCUGUUCUACUCAACCGAAUCAAUGAUGAGAGUGUUACAGUGGGUGUUGAUGGAUCUGUGUACCGUUUCCACCCUCAUUUCCACAACCUUAUGGUUGAGCAGAUCUCACAACUUAUCAAACCAGGGAUCAAGUUUGAUCUUAUGCUUUCUGAAGAUGGUAGUGGACGUGGUGCUGCACUCGUGGCGGCAGUUGCAUCCAGGUGUCCUGCAAUGAGAUAGAAUACCAAGUCAGUGAUGAUUCUGCCAAAUGAAAAGGACCUUUUAGAGAAAUGUAGUGUGACUGAUCAGUGUAUGAUUCUUGCCCCAUGUGGUUAACAUUUCUUAAUGACUGAAAAUGUCAAAGCAUAAUACCAUAAAAUGUGGCUUGAAUGUGAUGAUUGUCACUACAAAGUUCAUAACUGUAUAAAGAAACCCUAAAUAUAAAAUGUGCAGCAAAAUAUGGUAUUACACGAGCCUAGUGUCAAUAAAACAAACAUAAAUGAUAAAGUUUACACUUUUAAUUUAAAGUGUCAAUAAUAACGAUAUAUAUUUUGUGUUCUUAGCAAAAUAGGUUUGAAAUGUAUAAAUUGUUAUGUAUUCAUAUCAUCACAUAUGAAGAGUAUAUUAUGCUGUGAGAUCGUGGUCUUCAGUCUAGUACAGUUUAGAUAUUGACGAUGCUCAUUACUGUACAGUAUAUUGUUAACUGAUUAUUUUAAGGAUUGUGGCAUAAGUUGAAUAAACAUUUGUUUAUUUGUUAAGUAACUGUAUAUAGGUCAACCACAAUCAAAGCAACAAAUUAAUUCAUGUUGAAAAGGCAUUUAAUUUUAGAAGUGCAUUGUCAGUGUUAGUACAGUACUCCUCCCAUUGCCAACUCAUUGUUGAAGCCACGUAGUCAAGGACUGACAUAGUCAAGAUAUACACAAUGUCUUUGUGAUAUAGAAUAAUGCUUCUAGGAUCAUCAAAAUAUAUUUUAUAUCUUUUAAUAAGCUCAUCACAUCCUUCUUUGUAUGAGUUUUUCAUUUAUUUAUAAGACUGUAAUGUUUAUUGCACUUGCUGUACAGUUAAAAUGUUUAAGUUUUAUUUAAAUUUCCAAACUCUGAAAAAGCUCGGUAAUCCAGAUCUUUGGGUGAAUUCUUGUUCAUCAUUUUUGAGUAAAUGGCGGAAGUAUGCGAGUAAACUGCGGGAGAAGCUGGGUAUAUGGUGGGAAUGCAAGGGUAAACUGGGAGAAGCCAGAUAAAUGGCAGGAGUACAUGGGUAAACUGCAGAAGCCAGGUAUAUUGUGGGAGUGAAUGGGUAAACUGUGGGAGGAACUAGGAGUAGGUGGGUAAACAAUGAAAAUGCAAGGUAAACAGCACGAGUACCUGGGUUGUGGUACACAAAAUAGCAAAUUUGUUCAUUUUGGAUAUUCUUGUUCAAAAGUUUGGCUAACUCAUAGAAGGCGGGGCCCCAUAUGAUUUGGAUUACCGAGUGUAGACAGUAUAACCAAUAUUUUCCAUUGGUAAAAUGUUAAAUAACAAAACUCUUGGUUUACAUAAAUUUCACAAAAAAUAA